AUGACUAAGGCCCCAGAGUAUGAGUGCCCAAUCCUGGUUCUAAAGAUUUACCACCCUGCAGAGUUUAGCUCCAACUAUAGUCUGUCACACCAGAUCCAGAAAUUUUCCACUGAUGUGGACCAAUCAGAUCUUCACACAGACAUCCGCUUCAAGGACCCUCACCGUCAUCAGCCCCCAACACCAGUCUCUGAGAUGGAGAGACCAAGAGCUGCUCUCAUGACUCUCGUCUGUGUUUUGUUCUCCAGGAUCUCUGGAGCAGAAGUGGAGAUGAGAGUCAGACCAGGAGACGACGUCACUCUCUACAGCGACUGUAACGUCACUAAUUCAGAUGUGGGUCUGUACUACUGCGCUAUACAUGAGAGAAAGAUUACAGAAGAUGACACUGGAGUUAUACUCUAUGAAGAUGUUUAUCAUUAUGGAAACAGAACCACUCGUCUCUCUCUCCUCAUCCCUUUUGCCCAAACCACCCCCGUGUCAGACUGUAGUGUCUGCUGGAAGCUGCUGGUCAGUGUGUGUCCUGUUUGUGUUCUUUUCUCCUCACUCCUCUCGUCCACCUGUGUGUACUGCAUCUGCAUCAACAAAACUAAAGCAGAAGCAGAAUCUGGUCAGGAAUGGAGGAACAAAAUACAGAGUCAGAAAAGCAGAACAAAUGAGGAGGUAGAAGAAGAUGAAGUUUGUUAUGCAUCAUUGGACGUCCGAGGACAGAAGCAGCUGAAGAAAAAGAAGAAGAGAGUUGAGAGCUUUGAUUUCAGUACAUAUUCUGAGGAAAUUGGUUUACCAAAGUCCCUCAUGGUCUCCUUACCCUCACCCCAAACCUGCUCAUAUCACAUUCAGACAAGAGAAAUAUUGUGUUCACAUGGACCAAUCAGACACUCUGCAGUCAACAAACUGCAGCCAUGA